UCUUGCUCAGUAUUUUCUACAAGAUUUUUAGUUGGCCUUUCGUGUGUUCCUCUUUCGUUAGUUAGAACGCUGAAGUAAUAUGAAGUCAGAUUAAGUUAAUCUCCGUGAGCUCUCGCAGAUCUGAUUCGCUUUUGCAUUAGUCUGUUAGGUGGAUCAAACUCAGCGCCCAGCUUUUUUUGAGCGGAAGGUCCUAUGAAAUUUCUCCUCUCGCCUUCCAAGUCUAAAAUCUCUGUUCCGAUCUGCCCUGCCAUGGCCGCGGCUGCCGGCGAUUCAUCACACAUAUGACUUCCCCGAUCCGCCAUGGCCAACUACUUGGCUCAGUUCCAGACCAUUAAGAGCUCCUGCGAUCGCUUAAUCAUCGCCGUGGAAGAUGUAAGUGACCUGUGGCCAAGUGUUAAGGAGGGAUUUGAAGAACGCUUGCCUCUAAAGAAGGCUCUUCUUAGCAACAAAACUCGAAACACUGUCAAUGUUGAGAAUUUAUCUGCAGAGUUUAUAUUAACAACUGAUUCAAGGCUACGCAGUCGCUUUUCACAAGAACUGUCUGUCUUCUGGUUCCGGGAACCAUAUGCAACUGUUGUUCUUGUUACUUGUGAGGAUCUUGAUGAGUUCAAGACAAUUCUAAAGCCUCGACUAAAAUUAAUUGUUCAAAAUGAUGAGCGAGAGUGGUUUAUUGUAUUUGUGUCAAAAGCUCACCCCAACAAUGAUCAAGCAACUAAGAUGGCUAAAAAGAUAUAUGCUAGACUUCAGGUUGAUUUUAAUUCAAAAAAGAGGGAGAGGUGUUGUAAAUUGGACUUGCAAGGACCUGAUGCAAACUUUUGGGAAGAUUUGGAUUCUAAAAUAGUUGAAUCUAUUAGGAAUUCAUUAGAUCGACGCAUUCAAUUUUAUGAGGAGGAAAUUCGCAAGCUCACUGAACAGCGUUUUAUGCCAGUCUGGAGCUUCUGUAACUUCUUUAUUUUAAAGGAAAGCCUAGCGUUCAUGUUUGAGAUGGCUCAUCUUUUUGAAGAUGCCUUGCGUGAAUAUGAUGAACUAGAACUUUGCUAUUUAGAAACAGGGAAAUUUGAACUUGACAUGAAAACUACAUAUAUGGACAUUGUGGAAAUUUUCAGAGGUAUUUUGAAGGAUAGUUCCACUUUUAUCAGAUUUAGUGUAUUAGAAGAUGGAUUAGUUGUUUACUUUGAUAAGAUUAAAGUGAUGAAUGGUUGUGUUAGGAAAAACUUGGAAUUCCCCCAACUAUUAUUCAAAUUAUUUCGUGCUGUUGAGGUUGCUUCAAGGGGCUAUUCAUUUAUAAUUAACUUCUCAAAGACUCUAGCCUUGUAUGAAAAUUUCCUACCAUUUUGCUUCCGAGAAGUAUGGGUGAUAACUGCUUGUUUAGCCAUGAUCAAAUCAACUGCUUCUCAUUUUGAUGGCUCACAUGCAACAGCAGAUGGGAAGGAGUUUUUUCGUCUUCAGGGUGACCUUUACUCGCUCAGCCGGGUGAAGGCAGUAAGAGCUGAAGUAAUGCAGAAUUUAUCCUUUGAAAGAUGGUAUUUUGAUGUAGAACGGGUAUUGGAGGAGUCUGAAGUAGGUAUUGGAGGAGUAUUGAGCCUAGAAGGGCAUCUCAUGGUAAACCAAACUUGCCCAGUUUUGAUCGAGAAUGGUUUACACCGCAAACAAGCUAGCUUGAUCGUAGUCGACCAUUAUUCCCGCCACCCGCUGGCCACCACCACCACCGUCGUCCGUUGCUACCCAGCGCCGGUCAUCGACCCCACCGCCGCUAGCCGUCGUCACCAAUUGACACCUGCUGCUGCCGGCCACCACCACUGCCGUAGACCACCACCACCAACCAUCAUCACUGCCGGCCGCUGCAGCCUCCAUCAGUUCUCGGUUGCCGUCGUCGCCGCCGCUGCCACCGCCGCCACCUACGCCACCACCUACUGUUUGCAGCUAUUAUUCAAAUUAUUUCGUGCUGUUGAGGUUGCUUCAAGGGGCUAUUCAUUUAUAAUUAACUUCUCAAAGACUCUAGCCUUGUAUGAAAAUUUCCUACCAUUUUGCUUCCGAGAAGUAUGGGUGAUAACUGCUUGUUUAGCCAUCAUCAAUUCAACUGCUUCUCAUUUUGAUGGCUCACAUGCAACAGCAGAUGGGAAGGAGUUUUUUCGUCUUCAGGGUGACCUUUACUCGCUCAGCCGGGUGAAGUUUAUGAGGCUUGCAUAUUUGAUUGGUUAUGGAGUGGAAAUGGAAAGGAGUCCAGUAAACAGUGCAUCUUUAAGCAUGCUACCCUGGCCCAAGCCAGCAGUGUGGCCACUUGUCCCACCUGAGGCCUCAGCUGAUGUACUUGAAAAGGAGAAGAUGGUUCAUCAAUCAAGUUCCAGAGUGAAGCACUUCAACAUUGAGAGAAAACCAUUACCUCUGGAACCUUCUUUACUGCUAAGGGAGGCUAAUAGAAGGAGAGCUUCUCUUUCUGUGGGUAAUGCGUCCGAGUUAUUUGAUGGUCGCUGGGGUGAUGGUUCAGGUUUGGAUGGACAUUUACAAUUCUCCCCAGCCGGUAAAGUUCAUGCAAACCUUAUGUCACGAACCCUAUCUGGUCCUGCAAACUCUGAGAACUCAUCUUUAUCAUUUGACCGGCCUAUGAGACUUUGGGAAAUCCAUGUUGCAGCUGAACAUGCAUUGAAGCGUACAAUUUCUGAUCCCGAUUUAUUGAAGUCAAUAUCAUCAUUACCUGAUUUUGAGAAGAAGUACAUGGAGCUAACGAAAGGUGCUGCUGACAAUUACCACCAAUCAUGGUGGAAAAGGCAUGGAGUAGUCCUUGAUGGAGAGAUUGGUGCGCUUUGCUUGAAGCAUGGAAAUUAUGAUCUUGCUGCAAAGUCAUAUGAAAAGGUCUGUGCUCUUUAUGCUGGUGAAGGAUGGCAAGACUUGUUGGCUGAGGUUCUUCCUAAUUUAGCAGAAUGCCAGAAAAUUCUUAAUGAUCAGGCAGGCUACCUCUCAUCAUGUGUUAGGCUAUUAUCACUGGAUAAUGGUUUAUUUUCAACUAAGGAGAGGCAAGUUUUUCAGUCAGAGGUUGUUCGGCUGGCUCAUGGUGAGAUGAAGCAUCCAGUGCCUCUAGAUGUUUCAUCGUUAAUCACAUUUUCUGGAAAUCCAGGUCCUCCACUUGAGCUAUGUGAUGGUGACCCUGGUACAUUGGCAGUAACAGUCUGGAGUGGGUUUCCUGAUGAUAUUGCUCUUGAGUCUCUUAGCUUGACAUUAAUGUCUACAUUUAGUACUGAUGAAGGGGUGAAGGAUAUAAAAAGUUCAGAUGCACCUGUACUAAAACGUGGCCAUAAUCUUAUUAUGCUUGAAUUACCACCCCAAAAGCCAGGAUCCUAUGUAUUAGGUGUUCUUACUGGGCAGAUUGGCCAAUUGAGAUUCAGAUCACAUAGCUUUUCUAAAGGUGGCCCCCCUGAUAGUGAUGAUUUCAUGAGCUAUGAAAAGCCGACCAGGCCUGUAUUGAAGGUGCACAAGCCAAGGCCUUUAGUUGAUAUUACUGCGGCCGCAUCAUCUACUUUGUUAAUAAAUGAAGUUCAAUGGGUUGGACUAGUUGUAAGUCCAAUGAACUACUCCCUUAAAGGUGCUAUCUUACAUAUAGAUACUGGUCCUGGAUUGAUUAUUGAAGAAUCUCAUAUGAUUGAGAUGGAGCAUUACAGAAAAGCUACAGAUCAUAUGGUUAAUUGCAGUGGCUUAAAUAUUGUCAAAGAAGACGCUUGUUUAAGUGAAGUAUGUGAGAAGCUGCUGCUUGAAAAUGGCCAACUAGCUUUUCCAGACUGGGCUGGUGAUUUGGCUACUGUCUUGUGGCUCCCUGUCCGUGCCAUUGACAACAUGCUAGCUCGGGGAACAUCCUCUGUAAAUCCUUCCCGGCACAGUGUUGUAGAUGGAAUGCGGAUGAUUGCUUUGAAGUUACAAUUCGGAGUUUUUCACAACCAAAUAUUUGAAAGGACGAUUGCUGUGCAUUUUUCUGAGCCAUUCCAUGUUAGCACACAUGUUGUGGACAAAUGCAACGAUGGUACUUUACUUUUGCAGGUACUUAUAUAUUCCCAAGUGAAGGCUUCUAUGAAACUAUGUGAUGCAUGGUUAGACCUUCAACCAGGGUUUGUUCAUGUGGGGAAAAGUGAUGGAAGACCAACUUCAAGUUUCUUCCCUUUUGUAGUCUCUCCAUCCUCUAGAGCGGCUAUCUUAUUUGUCAUAUGCGUUGGAAAUAUUUCUAGAACAGGUAUGCUUCUUUUUCCUUCAAAGUAAUCCAAUUUCUCUUGC